AUGGAACACCCAUUUCCCCAACAACCCAACACGCCCACCGACAGCCUCUCUCCCUCAAUCCCAUCACCAAACUACGACGACAGCAACGGCGACAGCAACAACGUUGAUAGCAGUAUCAACACCAGCCCUGACGAAACACGAAAGGCGGCCUUUGGCACUCGGCGCGCGGCCUCCAAUCCGGCCUUCCAAAGCAAACUCGCCCAGAUGACCCUCCCGCUCGCGCCACUCGUGCAGCUCACCACCGGCCAGGUCCACCCGGCCUUCCCGCGCACCCUCCUCGCCUUCUGGCUCCUGACGGACGAGCAGCUCGACUCGCUCGCCCACUUUUACCACCAACGCACCCCGUGCCAGUGGACGUGGCAGUACCCGUGCCCCGUGCCGUGGCCGGCCUCGUGGCGGACGUCGGGCCUGACGAUCGAGGAGAAGAGGCGGAAGCUGGGGCGGUUCAUCGGGCUGCGCGGGUGCGAGACCCCGAUCGGGGAGCUGCUGGAUCCCGAGGUGGCCGAGGCGGUCGGGAGGACGGAGGAGGAGAUCUGGGGGGCGGCGAGGGCGGCCAGCAGUCGCGGAGAGGCGGAUGACGUGGAAGAGGUCAGGAGGAAAAUGGGCUGGUACUCUUGA